CAUUUUGAAGAUACGUGUUAAACGUGAAGCGUCUUAUUUAAAUUGGGCACUACACAUGAAGUUAUCAAUCCUGUUUGUUGCUGUCUUGACUACCAUCAAGCUUGAUCUAGGGGAAGGAAAGCUAACCGCUGUUUGCAUAUCGCCGGAAUUCUUUGGGCAGGCGGCAACAUUAACCUGUUAUGGAUAUUUUACAGCGGCACUAUACUGGGUUAAACCAGGCGGUGAAAUUGUCAGACAGUGUAAGCCGCAAAAAAAAGAAACGUGUUUGAUUAAAGCUCAAGGAUACAGCAGUCCCACGGAUAACGAUCUAACCAAAGACAUUUUGGUGAUAAAGUCCAUACGUAAAGACCAUGUUGGUACGUGGACGUGCCGAGAUGAUUUUCGCCGAUCAGAUGCUACUUGUUGGAUAGGCCCUAAACGGAAGAAAGCAUGUGUACCUGGCUUAUGGGAUCAGUCUUGCAGUCAGGUAUGUGGUCACUGUAAAGAAUCUACAUGUGACAAAGCUACUGGAAGUUGCACGUGCAAGACUGGAUGGGCUCCGCCAAAAUGUACAGCAUGUGCAGAUGGCGUUUGGGGUCAGUCUUGCUCUAAGAAAUGUGUUAGCUGUAAAGGAUCUAAAUGUGAUAAAGAUACUGGAAGUUGCAUAGAAUCUAAUCUAAAUACGCCAACCACGACGCCAACCACGACGCCAGAAUCUAAUCUAAAUACGCCAACCACGACGCCAACCACGACGCCAGCAUGUGCAGAUGGCUUUUGGGGUCAGUCUUGCUCUAAGAAAUGUGAUAACUGUAAAGGAUCUAAAUGUGACAAAGAUACUGGAAGUUGCUUAACAUCUGGUUCUACAGCUGGUCCAACCACACCAACCACUACGCAAACCACGCCAGACGAGAAACCGCCGACUUUCUGGAUUAUAAUUGCGAUAGUGGUUUUCUGCGUUCUGAGUCUGAUUGUAGCACUAUGUGUAUAUUUGGCACUGAGGCGAAAAAAACAGAAAAACAAAGAAAAUCCAGAGACGCCAUACAAGAUAAUGGCAGACGAGAACAAAGAACACCAUACAAACAAACACCACCAAAAACACCAACCACAUCAAAACACACAUCAAAAACACAAAGGGUAUCAAGAACACAAAGGAUACCAACAACACAAACAACACAAACAACACCAACAACAACACAAAGAAUAUCAAGAACACCAACAACAACACAAAGGAUACCAACAACACAAAGAACAUCAAGAACACCAACAAAACAAAGAACAUCAAGAACACAAAGAAGACAAAGAAUAUCAACAGUACAAAGAACCUCAAGAACACAAAGAUCCUCAAGAACACAAAGAACCUCAAGAACACAAAGAUCAUCAAGAUCAUCAAGAACACAAAGAACCUCAAGAACACAAAGAACCUCAAGAACACAAAUAUGACCAAGAACACAAAGCUCAUCAAGAACACAAAGAACCUCAAGAACACAAAUAUGACCAAGAACACAAAGCAAAAGCCUACUUUAUGAUGAUGUACUAG